CACAACAAUGACUCACGGCUUAGGAUCUAGUCGACAUCGAUUUCUUCUAAAACGUACGACGUAGAUGUAAAUGAUGGAAUCAGAAGACACCGCCGGUGUUAUCACGGCCGUUCUCGACGAGGAUGUAGAAUCGUUGAGGCGCUGUUUGUCCGCGGGAUGUCUCCAAGGCGACAUAGAUAGGGCUCUAUGUGAAGCAGCUCUGAAAGGAAACCCAACCAUUGUGAACGUUUUAUUACAAAAUGACAAACCCAAACCUAAUUUACGUUUUACAGAUACACGCAAUCAACGCGCGAUUCACUGCGCGUGUAUUGGAGGCAAUGUAGAAGUGGUGAAGAUAUUAUAUCGGGCAGGAUCAGCGAUCCAUGCAGCAGAUGAAUUGGGACAACAUCCUUUACAUAUUGCUGCCAAACUUGGCCAUGUUGAUGUGGUACGAUAUUUGUUGUCAAGAAGUGCACAUAUUAAUUCUAGCAAAACUUUUGAAGUGCAUGCAACGCCACUCCAUCUUGCCAUACAAGCUGGUCAGUUAGGUAGUGUGGAAGCUUUGCUUGAUUCCGGCCGAGCGAACCUCAAUUGCCGAACCUCCCGUCAAGAGGGCGGUCAUACGCCGCUGCAUAUGGCCGUCAUGUGUAAAUUUCUAGAUGGUAUACGAUUGUUAUGUGAUCGAGGAGCAGAUGUAAACGCCCGAAACACAGCCGCUGGGAAAUCCCCUCUGUAUUUGGCCGCUAGCAUGGAGGAGUCAGAAUUUACUUUGUGUUUACUGGCGGCUGGGGCGGAUGUCGAUGCAAAAACAACGAAAGGCUGGACACCAUUGAUGAACGCAUCGUGCAGUAACAGACCGGAAAACACCCUAGCGUUGAUAGAACACGGCGCCGACGUCAGCUUUUCGGAUAAUGACAGCGGACUAAAUCCAGUUUCCGCGGCCGUCACAGCGGGGGCCGUCCACUCUCUCAGGGUUCUCUUAGCCGCAGGGGCCGACCCGAACACCUGUACAUUUACACGAGAGCACCCCCUGUUGACGGCAGCCUCGCUGGGAAACCCUCAGUGUAUAAGACUGUUAUUGGAGGCGGGGGCAGACAUCGACGUGAGAACUCAGAGAGACGCUACUGUAUUACACAGGUGUCAGCGAUUGAAAUAUGGCGAGACACGUGAUGAGGUUGUACGUGCGCUGAUUGAGGGCGGGGCUAAACUCAACGUUUACAACAUGGAAGGAUACACACCCCUCCACAACUGCGUCUUCCAGACCACACUCGAUAAUUUCUCACUGUCAACACUCAAACUAAUAGUCAUGGCGGGAGCGAGGGUCGACCUUGGCAAACAAAGUAAUAAGAAGAUCGGAAGGUCUGGACUGUUUAGGAAUUCACCGUUGUGUUGGUUAGCAUGGAAUAAUUACAUAGAGGCUGCCGAGUAUCUUGUCCGCUGUGACUGGUACCUGUAUGACGAGAAUUGGAUGUAUCUUCCGGGGAAAACUCGAGAGCAUGAAACGUUUAACGAGAGAAUACGAUACAUUUCGAACCAGCCCUUCUCACUGACUUCAUGCUGUCGCUUAGCAAUACGUGAACAACUCCGCCUUUCCUCGAAAGAUCGGGAAAUUCUUAGUCGUAUAAGUCAACUAGAGCUACCAAACCCCAUAAAGGACUUCCUUAGUCUACGGGAGUAGUAGGUAUCUCAAUUUCUAGGAGUCCUCUAUCUGCAGGUCGGCGGGGCUUUCAAACACCCCAGACUGAGAGUCCUCAGUUUGCAGGUCGGUGGGGGCUUCCAAACAUCCUUGAAUGAGUCCUCAGUCUUCAGGAGUAUAUUGCUGCUGUAUGCUGACCGGAGCCCACGGGAUAUUCCUAUAAGCUUUCCCAAUUUAUGGUGUAGCAAGCUGCAUACUGCCAUACAAUACAAUACAAUUUCUUCAUAGACGAAUUUCGGCCACAUGGGAUAACAUAGGUUACACAUAUAUAUAUGUAUGUAGAUAAACGGAGAGUAGAGGAGCCACAAACACAGGUUAAUGGGCAUUAUUAUUGAUAUCAUAUCUUUAUCACACAUAUAUAUUUAUUAGCUCAGCUCAUGGAUCCACCAGACUGAUAUUAGUAAGCUAUUUUUACACUUCUGAGUGAAAGGGGAAGGUCGUGGAUAUGUUAUAUGCAUGGUGACACCAACACAUAGCCUCAAACAAAACGUGAUAGUCUCAAACCAAACAUGAUAGGCUUGGUAACACAAACAUAUAAUCUCAAACCAAACGUGAUAGCCAUGGUAACACCAACACAUAUUCUUAAACCAAACGUGAUAGGCUUGGUAACAUCAACACAUAGUCUUAAACCAAACGUGAUAGGCUUGGUAACAUCAACAUAUAGUCUCAAACCAAACGUGAUAGGCUUGGUAACAUCAACACAUAGUCUCAAACCAAACGUGAUAGGCUUGGUAACAUCAACAUAUAGCCUCAAACCAAACGUGAUAGGCUUGGUAACACCAACACAUAUUCUUAAACCAAACGUGAUAGUCAUGGUAACAUCAACACAUAAUCUCAAACCAAACGUGAUAGGCUUGGUAACAUCAACACAUAGUCUCAAACCAAACGUGAUAGGCUUGGUAACACCAACAUAGUCUCAAACCAAACGUGAUAGGCUUGGUAACAUCUACACAUAGUCUCAAACCAAACGUGAUAGGCAUGGUAACAUCAACACAUAGCCUCAAACCAAACGUGAUAGGCUUGGUAACACCAACAUAUAGUCUCAAACCAAACGUGAUAGGCAUGGUAACAUCAACACAUAGUCUCAAACCAAACGUGAUAGUCUCAAACCAAACGUGAUAGGCUUGGUAACAUCAACACAUAUUCUUAAACCAAACGUCAUACUCUCAAACCAAACGUGAUAGGCUUGGUAACAUCAACACAUAUUCUUAAACCAAACGUGAUAUUCUCAAACCAAACGUGAUAGGCAUGGUAACAUCAACACAUAUUCUUAAACCAAACGUGAUAGUCUCAAACCAAACGUGAUAGGCUUGGUAACAUCAACACAUAUUCUUAAACCAAACGUGAUAUUCUCAAACCAAACGUGAUAGGCAUGGUAACAUCAACACAUAUUCUUAAACCAAACGUGAUAGUCUCAAACCAAACGUGAUAGGCAUGGUAACAUCAACAUAUAGUCUCAAACCAAACAUGAUAGGCUUGGUAACAUCAACACAUACUCUCAAACCAAACGUGAUAGGCAUGGUAACAUCAACACAUACUCUCAAACCAAACGUGAUAGGCUUGGUAACAUCAACACAUAGUCUCAAACCAAACGUGAUAGGCUUGGUAACACCAACAUAUAGUCUCAAACCAAACACUUGUGCAGAAUAUUCCCAAACAACACACACCGCAAAAAGGAACAAGUUUGAAACUUGAAAGAACGGGAAAAUCGACAAUGGAAGGCAAACAAAAUGGAUGUGUUUGAUACACUGUUAGGGGAGAUAAUUUAGAUCAAGUGUAGACGAGUUAUUGUCACACUAAUGAUGAACUGGUACCAAAUAUCCGAUUAGGAAUCCUUACUCGACUUAAAUGCAGGUCUAUGGAAAGCAAAAAUUUGGUCUUAAGUGGCCAUGCCGAAAACCCGAGAGUCAUUGCUAGAAGAAUUCAAAGAAACGGAACACCGCAACGUUUGCCGUUGCGGCGGAAUAACGUGAAGAACCUCAUCAGAUCAUGGACUUGACAAAUCGUAACGUACACAAUUUAUCCCCCUCUGUCUGAAUCACGGUCGCUAGGGCGCGUCACAAGGGACCCCAUGUCGCGAGUACGUAAUUGAAAAUCACAUGUCUCGGUGUUUGUAGUAUCAAAUCACAUGUCUCGGUGUUUGUAGUAUCAAAUCACAUGUCUCGGUGUUUGUAGUAUCAAAUCACAUGUCUCGGUGUUUGUAGUAUCAAAUCAGAUGAUAAAAAAGAGUCUAACAUUCCCAAAUCAUUAACUUAUGUCCAGUAAGUUGCCAGUCCACACGUACUUUUGCUGUGUCGGAAUGGAAUCAGAUAAACCACCAGAGAAGAAUUAACAGAUAGGUGAGGCAUAUUGAUGAUGUGAAUUGUUUAAUUUGAAUUACCUCCCUUAUGUCUUUCUACAAUAUGCGAUUCCAUACACGGGUAGCAUUCCGUACAUUAGGUCGAUCUGAGGCGGCGUGAGUGUUGUCCUAUAACGCCACAAUGGUAUGAAAGGGAUUGUCAUUCGAUUUUUAAAAAACACGCAUACACACACACAUCGUCUGUGAUCAAAAUUAGAUUAAAAUAAACAUUUCCAGAGGAAUCUGAAGGGUCCAAUGACAUUUAUUCUAUUCCAUACAUUCCCUCUGUAAAUUAGCUAAACAUGCAAUAUUUAUCAAACAGUGUUCAUUUGUCCAAUUAAUAAAAUAUUCUGUAUUCAAUUGAA